AUGUUGCGCCGUUGCGCGAAACAAGUCGCGGCCGCGGUCGGGACGCCGUGGACCGCCAGGACGUUCUCGGCGUCUUCCGCGCACGCGACGACGGUGUUAUGCGUCCGUAAAGGCGACGAGGUCGUCGUCAUGGCGGACGGUCAAGUGACCUUAGGCAGUCAGGUGAUCAAGCCGAACGUGAAGAAAGUCCGUCGGUUAUCCGGCGGGGUCGUCGGAGGAUUCGCGGGGGCGACCGCGGACGCGUUCACGCUCUUCGAGCGACUCGAGAUGAAGCUGGAGGAGCACCCCGGGCAGCUCACGCGCGCGGCGGUAGAGCUCGCGAAGGCGUGGCGCAACGACAAAUACUUGAGGCGGCUCGAGGCGACGAUGAUCGUCGCGGACAAGGAUCACACGUUUCAGAUCACCGGCGGCGGCGACGUCAUCGAACCUCACGACGGCGUCGUCGGAAUAGGAUCCGGCGGUUCGUUCGCGACGGCCGCGGCGAGGGCGCUCAUGGACAUCGACGGCAUGGACGCGUUGAAAAUAGCGACCAAGUCCAUGAACAUAGCCGCGGACGCGUGCGUGUACACGAACCACAAUUUCAUCACCGAGACGAUCGGUCCGAACGACGACGCGAGCGCGAGCGCGAACGCGGAGGACGCGACGGAGGGGGAGAACAAGGAGGGGAAGGGAGCGAAAGCGUCGAAGAAGUGA